AUGAUGUCAUACCUCAAGCAAGGCCCAUACGGCAUGAACGGCCUGGGGCUGGGGGGAGCAACGAUGGACCUGCUGCAUCCGUCCGUGUAUCCACCCCAUCCGCGCAAACAGCGGCGGGAGAGGACCACUUUCACGCGCACCCAAUUGGACAUUCUGGAGUCUCUGUUUGCUAAGACCCGCUACCCGGAUAUCUUCAUGCGCGAGGAGGUCGCCCUGAAAAUUAAUUUGCCGGAGUCACGAGUGCAGGUGUGGUUCAAGAACCGCCGGGCCAAGUGUCGCCAGCAGGCGCAGACAGGCAACAGCAGCAGCAACAGCAACAAGGUGCGCCCGGCCUCCAACAAGAAGAAGGCCUCCCCCUCACGAGAGAGCCCCGGGUCCGAGAGCAGCGGCCAGUUCACCCCUCCAGCAGUCUCCUCUUCCUCCUCCUCCUCCUCGUCAUCCUCCUCUUCUUCCAAUGGGUCGAUGCCUCACCCGACUGGCUUGGGCGGCGUUGGUUUGGGUGGGAUUGGACUAGGUGGCGUGACCUCGUCCGCCACCUCCGGUGCGACUCCCGUGUCAGCCAUCUGGAGCCCAGCACCCAUCUCCCCGCUCCCGGCACCACCCUCCGUACCCGACCCGGCGGCGCCCCCUACCAGUGCAUCCUGCAUGCAGAGGCCCAUGUCCGGCGGUUCUGGUUCUAAUGGCGGUAGCAAUGGUGGUAAUGGUGGUGGUGGUGGUGGCAGUACGCCUGGAUACCCGGUGUCCUACUCCCAGACCUCCCCUUACAGCCAGGGGUACUCCGCUGCGGCCGCGGCUGCUGCCGGGUCUUAUUUUGGGGGCAUGGAUCCCAGCUCCUACCUGAGCCCCAUGCACUCUCACCACCACGCCCACGCCCUCAGCUCCAUGUCCGCCUCGGGCAUGACGAGCCACCAUCCGCACCACUCUAUCGGGCAGAGUACUGGACAUCAUCACCCUCACGCCCACCACACCCACCCACACGCUGCUCAUCACCAUCAAGGAUACGGUGGCAGCAGUUUGGGGUUCGGCUCGACAGACUGUUUGGAUUAUAAGGAGCAGAGCACGACGGCUGCUGCUGCUGCCGCGGCGGCAGCUGCGUCGUCAUGGAAACUCAACUUCAGCUCGCCCACGGACUGCUUGGACUACAAAGAUCAGGCGUCGUGGAGGUUCCAAGUUCUGUGAGGAGCGCUGCGCGAGAGGAGUGACAGCGAGGACUUUGGCGGGAGUAAGAACAGGAAAGAGCUCUGUCCUUGUUCUCACUGCUUUGCGCGAGAGAGACUGACACAUUAAUCGACAAUGAUGGAGAGAGAGAGACGUUUUCAGGCGUUUGAACAUAACUAAAGUAUUAUGGUAGGAAGUACCUAAGCACCGUGUCAGGACAGCACCCUUCCUCUUUUUUUCAAAUUUAUUUUAGUUUUCAAACUGGACACUUUAAAUAACAAAUGUGGAAAAUGAGAAAAUCCCUUGUGAGAACACAGGCUAGGCUACUUUGAAAUGUCACCAAAACAUAUGGACGUCACAAAACCCAUAGCCUAUAUCCAGUGUAUGCAAGGGUGGCCAGAUGAUGA